AUGUGCUGUUUUAAUUUGAGUGUGUUGGAGGGAGUGCGCUGGGUGGGUGUGUUGGGGUGUGGAGUACAUAGGUUAGAGGGAGUGCUUUCGGAACCUAACCUCCUGCAUGUUAAUGAAGGUGGUGGUGAUGAUGAUGAUGGUGAUGGUGAUGGUGGUGAGGAAUGGAGGAUAAAUUGCUAUCAUUUUCUUACUUUUAUUAUUUAUUAUUAUUAUUAUUAUUAUUAUUAUUAUUAUUAUUAUUAUUAUUUAUUAUUAUUAUUAUUAAAUUAUAGUUAUUACAUUAUUAAAUUUUUCUGA